GCGACACAACAGCUACUGCGCUAGGAGUCAUUGCGGCGGCGGCGGCGGCGGCGGCGGCAGCAGCAGCUGCAGACAUGCUGCUGCUCAAGAAACAGACGGAGGACAUCAGCAGUGUCUAUGAGAUCCGGGAGAAGCUGGGCUCGGGUGCCUUCUCUGAGGUGAUGCUGGCCCAGGAAAGGGGCUCUGCUCAUCUUGUAGCCCUCAAGUGCAUUCCCAAGAAAGCACUUCGGGGCAAGGAGGCCCUGGUGGAGAAUGAGAUCGCGGUACUCCGCAGAAUCAGCCACCCCAACAUUGUGGCUCUGGAGGAUGUCCAUGAGAGCCCUUCCCAUCUCUACUUGGCCAUGGAGCUGGUAACAGGUGGUGAGCUGUUUGACCGCAUCAUGGAGCGGGGCUCCUACACAGAGAAGGAUGCCAGCCACCUUGUAGGACAGGUCCUUGGUGCUGUCUCCUACCUUCAUAGCCUGGGCAUCGUGCACCGGGACCUCAAGCCUGAAAACCUCCUCUAUGCCACACCUUUUGAGGACUCCAAGAUCAUGGUCUCUGACUUUGGCCUGUCCAAAAUACAAGCUGGCAACAUGCUAGGCACAGCCUGUGGGACCCCAGGAUAUGUGGCCCCAGAGCUCCUGGAGCAGAAACCCUACGGGAAGGCCGUAGAUGUGUGGGCCCUGGGUGUCAUCUCCUACAUCCUGCUGUGUGGGUACCCCCCCUUCUAUGAUGAGAGCGAUCCUGAACUCUUCAGCCAGAUUCUGAGGGCCAGCUAUGAGUUUGACUCCCCCUUUUGGGAUGACAUCUCAGAAUCAGCCAAAGACUUCAUUCGGCACCUUCUGGAACGUGAUCCCCAGAAGAGGUUCACCUGUCAACAGGCCUUACAGCAUCUUUGGAUCUCUGGGGAUGCAGCCUUGGAUAGGGACAUCCUGGGUUCUGUCAGUGAGCAGAUCCAGAAGAAUUUUGCCAGGACCCACUGGAGGCGAGCAUUCAAUGCUACAUCAUUCCUACGCCAUAUCCGUAAGCUGGGACAGAGCCCAGAGGGUGAGGAGGCCUCCAGGCAGGGUAUGACUCGUCACAGCCACCCAGGCCUUGGGCCUAGCCAGUCCCCCAAGUGGUGACAACCAGGUAGAUGCCAAGGAAGACCAAGUGGACUGACUCCCAACUUUUCUUUCCUCUGGCCCUUUUGGUCUCCUUCCCUGAUCCUUGUCCCCCAGACUGGCCCCUGCUGGAAAGUCUGAGACUGGGUGUGUUGCAUGGCACUAGGGUAUGGGGCUUCCCCAGUAUGUCCCCCAGCCUCUAUCCUUACCUAUGGUGGAGGCUCCCUUCCCCAUGUUGCUGCCACCCUCUAUGGAAACUGGGGAGGUGUUCAAAAGUGGAUUUGGGGGCCAUCCUUCCUGCACCUUGCACGCACACAUGCAUUGCGUGGCUGUUCUGUGCUUUGCUGACUGUGGGUGGUCCUGCUUGUGUUGUGGCCCUUUAGUUCCUCCUCUUCCCAACCAAUAAAGACAAA